UCUUCACACAGUUCAGUUCCAGCAGAGCUUGACCGUAGUCGUUGAGCUCGUCCGUAGCUUCCACUUGGAUUGUGUGCGCUGAAGAACAGGCCUUGUGUUUCCACUGUGAGGUGUGUGUUUUCAGGGUUUUAGAACGCAGAACUUAGUUUGGAGGGUGAAGGAAAAUUGUCAAUAAAUUCGAGAACAUUGAAGAUCUUCCAGCUGUUUUGGGGGGGAGGUUCGCGAAGAGUUUGUUCGCCGAUCGUCCGAUAAGCUGUUCAAAUUGGAGACUGCUGCCGCCCGUGUAAAAGUGGUUUACUGAGGGGAAAAAUCGAUUCGCACUCGUGUGGGUGUGCGUACGUAUGUAUAAGUGUGAGUGCGAGGGGUAGCGAUUUUCAGCUGGUGUGUUUUUCGGUAGUUGGAAAAUUGGGUACUGCCCCCGUUACACACAUUUGGUAUAGCUGGCGAGCCGAACAAGUGCUCCGUGCUUCGGUGUUCAAGGAAUCGAGGGGUUUCCCCAAGUGGCCAGUUGUGAAGAUUAGAGGAAAUUCUACACCACCUAGAAAGGGCGGGUCGCGAGUGAUUGCUAAAGGGGGGAAUGAAACCCUAAUCCAAGGUUUCCAAGAAGCUUACCGCAAUUGAUCGUGGUGCAAUUUUUUAUCAUUCAACCCAACUCUGUGCGCGAAUCGGUAAUCAAAGUGGCUUACCUUGGGGAUUGGUCGCCGCAACAGUUCACCACUAAACGGUCCAGCGACAACGACUUCGUCGAGGGAUGCUGUACGGCGCUUCGAGAAAAAAAAACCAGUUGAGCCCUGAGAAAUAGUGUUCGAUCGAUCGAUCGACAGACAACAAGGUGUUCGCGAACGUCGUGACACAGAAGCGGAGAGAAUCGCGUACAAGACAAAACUCUGGACGUGAAUCAGCAAGAGCUGGUGUUGCACUACUGUAGCAUACGGUGAAGGAGAAGGAGCAGAUUGCAGCAGCUGUGUGCAGCAGCAGCGCUUCAAGAAAAUAUGAAGAUUAACGCAACAACCAAGAUGGCGACCCCAAUCGAAGAAAAAGUCGAUCAGAAUUUAAAGGUAUUCAAAUCAUUUGGUUCAACUUUCAAAACAAAUUGUCAAACGUUUUCCCUCCGCCCCUUCGCGCAGACCCGCACCGGCAUGGUUAUGAUAAGCGAUGGCAAGAGCAAACCAGAACUGGCCCGGCUGCACCUGUCGAUGGAGAUGAUCACGAUCCAGCGGCAGGACACGUCGACGCCGGCGCCCACCCCCACCAGCACAACCGCCAGCCAUCCGCCAAUAGAGUCUAAGGAACGCAUGGUACAAAUCACCCGCCAGAAGGUCGGCGGACUAGGUUUAAGCAUAAAGGGUGGUGCCGAGCACAAGCUGCCAAUUCUAAUAUCGAGGAUCUACAAGGACCAAGCGGCCGAUGCCACCGGACAGCUGUUCGUGGGCGAUGCUAUCAUCAAGGUCAACGGCGAAUACAUCACAGCGUGUCCACAUGACGACGCCGUCAACAUCCUGCGGAACGCCGGAGAUAUUGUGGUCCUCACGGUGAAGCACUACCGAGCGGCGACACCCUUCCUCCAGAAGCAGUUGAGUCGGGAAACGCCAGAAUCGGACAACGAUGCCACGUGUGCAGAGCUGAAGGCGGAUGAGGUCUGGAAGUCGGCAAACAACAGCAGACCGGUGUCGAUCAGUUCCGAGCCGGAAAAUCGAUGGAUUGAUCUGGUGUCAGUCCCCCUCAUGAUGGCCUACGUGACCCGGUACAUCUACGGCACCGACAAGCUGCGGCCGAACGCGUUCGAGGUGCGGGGCCUCAACGGAACCACCACCGGAAUCAUCCACUGUGACGACCUGGCCAUCCUGAGCCAGUGGCUCAAGUACAUCACGGACAACAUUGUCGGCCUGACCAGCCUGCAGAUGAAGCUGUACAACCGAAACUUCCCGGUGGGCGAGCGGAUCGAGUACAUGGGCUGGGUGAACGAGGGCGUCAUCAGCAAUCACAUCUCCUGGCAGAGCUACAAGCCGCGCUUCCUGGUGCUCAAGGGCACCGAGGUGAUGCUGUUCGACGCACCCCCGCUGAACGUGGCCGGCCUCCAGAAGGCCACCGUCGCGUACAAGGUGUACCAGACGAUGUUCCGCGUGGUCAAGGAGUCCGAGACGGUGGACUCGCGGCAACACUGCUUCCUGCUGCAGAGCUCGGGCCACGAGCCGCGCUACCUGAGCGUCGAAACGCGCCAGGAGCUGCUGCGGAUUGAGAACAGCUGGAACGCGGCCAUCGUCACCAGUGUGAUUAAGCUGGGGCGCAAAACGUUCGCCGUGUCGCACCACGGCAAAACCGGCGGCCUCACGCUGGACUGGCAGCAGGGCUUCUCGCUGACCGAGGGGGCCGACGCCAGCGUCAUCUGGCAGUACAAGUUCUCCCAGCUGCGGGGCUCCAGCGACGACGGCAAGUCCAAGCUGAAGCUGCACUUCCAGGACCACGAGACGCGCUCCAUCGAAACCAAGGAGCUCGAAUGCCAAGUUCUGCAAAGUUUGCUCUUUUGCAUGCAUGCGUUUUUAACGGCUAAAGUUGCUUCGGUCGACCCGGCCUUUUUGAGUUCGAUUCAGCAGGCUUGAAUUUGCGCUGAGGCUGAGGCCGCUGCCGAGGCUGAAUCUGCCGGGGACGAUUGUGACUUCGACGACGGUGGAAGCAUCCUGCGCGUGGUUAUCCUAGAGUCGUAAGCCCGUGGGGGGUGGUCAAACGCAGCAACAAUCAAAAGCCAGACUAGCGAAAAAAAAAGUGGGACUCACUAGCCAAAGAGGACGGAUUGGGUGGGUUUAGUUAGAGGAGGAGCUUAGGUCAGGUUUUGAUGGCCAACGGGUUAAGGCAGAUACACGACCUUGAAGAAAACCCCAGGCGACCGGGCGUAGUUUUCCAGAAUUGAUACUAAAAUUGACUGAUUUUCAAAAGUACUUGCUUUAGUUGAUAGUGAAAAAGAGAAAAAAACGAGAAGAGGACGGAAGAAAUGUAAACCAAGGUUACAGUAGACUAAUUUAUCUCCCCAAUAAUCGUAAGGAAAUCUCCCCCUCCCCCUUUAAUCUUAGUAAAUCUAACUGGAUCGAGGCGAGCCGAGUCGGCUGAGUUUCGGUUUCUUGUGUUAUCGAAAGGUGCUAAUGAAUAAAAUCACAGAAAAUGAAACAAUGAAUGCAAAGUGAAACACAUAAAGUUGUAAAGUUAUUGUGUACGUACACGAAAAAAAAACACAUAUACAUUAUCACAACCACACACGAACAGGCACACUUCAUCAUCUUUAUACAUUUGAUUUUCGUUUGAUUCACA